AUGCAGACGACGGAAGCGCAGCCGCAGCAGAACCAGUCGAUGGUGAGCUUGAGCUUUAGCAGCCAGAUGUCGAAGGAAGACGAGGAGAUGGCUCGCUCUGCUCUCUCCGCUUUUAGGGUUAAAGAGGAGGAGAUCGAGAAGAGGAAAACGGAGGUUCGCGAACGGGUCAAGGCUCAGCUGGGUCGGGUUGAGGAAGAGACCCGUCGUCUCGCCAGCAUCCGCGAGGAGCUUGAGUCUAUGGCAGAUCCUAUGAGGAAGGAAGUUUCAUGGGUGCGUAAGAAGAUUGAUAGCGUCAACAAAGAACUCAAACCAUUAGGCGCCACAGUCCAAAAGAAGGAAAGGGAAUACAAAGAAGCAUUGGAUACAUUCAAUGAGAAGAACCGUGAGAAAGUUCAGCUGAUCACUAAGCUAAUGGAGAUGGGACAGUUGGUUGGAGAAAGCGAGAAGCUGAGGUUGAAGAAGCUGGAUGAGCUAAGCAAGAGCAUAGACACUUGA